GCAGAAGUUGUGUCCACACUGGAUCGUGACUGGGUCUGUGAACACGUCCAGACAGAUGGAACACAGUAACCUCUCCUCUGACAGCAGCGAGCUGGCCGAUGACAUAUCUGGACAAAAACAUGCUGUUAUUUCUGAGAGCAAAAGUCUCAUGCCCAUCGACCUGGAAACCUACGAGCUUCCCUGAACGCACCACCCGCAGAUCCCUGCCGCCGGACCCUGAAUGCAACAAGCUGCAGAAUCGGACUCUGCGCAGUCUGACGCGAGGAGCGAGGAAACGACGGGUUUUUCAAUCCUCACUGAAGCAUCGCUCCGAAGUGACCUGGAGGAAAGAAGAUGUCAGUGGUUUAUAAAGACGACCAGGAGGACUGGCUGACAGUGUGUCUCAAGUACCUGCUCUUUGUUUUCAACUUUCUCUUCUGGGUGGGUGGAGCUGCCGUUUUGGGUGUCGGGGUCUGGACCCUGGUGGAGAAGAGCGACUACCUGAGCCUGCUGGCCUCCAGCACUUUUGCCGUGUCUGCUUAUAUCCUCAUCCUGGCCGGCAGCCUGGUGGUGGUCACGGGCUUCUUGGGCUGUUGUGCUGUUGUCAGGGAACAGAGGAGCUGUCUGUCCACGUACUUCUUCUGCCUGCUGUUUAUCUUCCUGAUUGAACUGGUGGCUGGAGUACUGGCCUAUGUCUACUACCAGAGGCUGAGCGAGGAACUGAAGCAGCAUCUCAACCAGACGAUGUCGGAGAACUACGCGCAGCCAGGGAGGGAGGCCGUCACGAUAGCUGUGGACCGACUUCAACAGGACUUCAAGUGCUGUGGCAGCAACAACUCCCACGACUGGAUGGUGAGCGCCUACAUUUCGUCGAGGCUCGCACAGCGAAGGGUUGUGCCCGACAGCUGCUGUAAGACCAUCACCCCUCUCUGUGGCCAGAGAGACCACCCGUCCAACAUCUACAAGGUGGAGGGAGGAUGCAUCACUAAGCUGGAGCAGUUUCUGGCCGACCACCUGUUGGUCAUCGGUGCGGUGGGAAUCGGAGUGGCCUGUCUGCAGCUGGCUGGGGCAGCCUUGACAGCCUGCUUUAUUUAUCUGCUCUAUAAGGAAGAGGAGGAGGACUUCGGUACUCUGUGAUUUAGCUCUAGAGCGUCUUUGUGCUUCAAUGGACGGGAGCGACCAGGUUGGAGGGCAUUCUGGGAACUUGUCCCAGGUGUCUGCAUGUUUUGUUCCUCUGUGACAUCUCUUCGGCUACAAGGACAUUUUGACUUUCCUCCAUGAUCUUUGCUGAGCGUGAAGCAUGCAGCCGCCUGGCUUUGGCUGUUUGUUGCUGCAUGUUGAGCUGAGCUGCGUCUGCUCUGUGAUGUCAUGUUCUCUAUAUUCAUAAAGAAUAUAUGCUUCAUUCUACACAUAUAAAGAACCUGUGCUGACAGGAAAAGGGAAAUGAUGGUCUUUUUACAGUACAACCCAACGUUUUUUCUGUUUAUUAUUAUUUAUCAUAUUAACACUCUGUUAUCUAUGUAGCAUUACAUAGCAUAGAAUGCAGUUAAAAGGAGUUACAGGAGUGACUCAGCCUAUAUGAAUGUUUUUAAAAUUACAGAAAACUGACAAGACAAACGACAAGAAUACACCACACUUUGAUGAUUUUUAUUUUGUAGUAGAAAAUCUCAGAGUAAAUUAUCAUAAAGAUAAAUUGGUGUUGUUGCUAUAGUUACUAUAGUUUUUCUUGACUGGCUGAAAACUGGGUUUUUCUAUCAUAACUAAUUUCUCAAAUCAACCCUGACUCGUUAACUAAGGCUUCAAGAAAACAAUGAGCCAACAUGUCUCCUCCUCUGCCUCUUCCUCUCAGGGCUUUUUAGAGACUCAGAGAUUGAAACUGGGCGCCUGACUGUUUAUCCAUCUGCUCUGGAGACCCAGGUGCUCCGGUCAAUCACUGCUCCCGCCGAUCUUUCUUUACUCCUUUUUUUAUUUAAGUGAAGAGUACAGUGCCUCUGUAAACCGCAUCGGUACAUUGAGUAGAAUACCAUUUAAGUGUUUUUAUUUUGAAAACUUUUUUGAAUCCACACUUGAGCAAUGCUGCUUUUUGAAAUGGCAAAAUUAUUCAAUCAGACACAAUUUCGGGAUAAACUUCUUUUUUAUCAAUAAGAUUGUUAAUUCUGAAUUAACAAAUCCUAAUAGCAAUAUGACAAAUGUUCAAUAUAUAAUAAUAACUUUAUAUAUGUAGCACUUUUCAAACGGGUCUUAAAAAGAAUCCAUCUUAAAACCUAAAAGAAAUAAAAACUGUGAUUAUAUUUGAUUUUCACAUGAAUCUGCUUUUUGACAGCCCCUCUCCAAAGUGCUUUGUUUCAUAUCUGCUUGCACAAGCAUGUGCACACACACACACACACACACACACACACACACGCGUGUGCUGUGAAAAUGGCUGCCUGACUCCCAUCAUCCCCAUAGCCACCAGCCUCAUCCUCUCCAGCAGUCCCUAACCCCAUCACCUUUAACCCCCUCUUCAUCAACUCUGCCUGCUUCCCGCUGUCCUCCAAUGGCCACUCCAGACUUAACACUUCCUGUUUUCAGAUCUGCGGGAUGGUGUUCACCUGCUGCUUGUACAGGAGGAUCAAGAUGGAGCCUUACUGAGCCCACCAGUCCCCCCCCCCCCCAAACACACGGACGGACCUAUCACCUGCUGAAACCCAAACUUCAGCCUCUGUGUUCUGAACUCUGACCUUUUGCCAUCAAAGACAAAUGCACAGACAGGUUUCAGGUCCCAUCCAGAGCUUCGGUUCCUGUGUUGCACUUCAAUUGCAACGCACUCCAAUCCAGGCAAAUGCAUUUCUUAUCCGGGCUUCCUGCGGCGUCAUUGCCUUGGCUGAGCUGCAUGCUUUGGUGCGAGUGGGACUCAAGACGGGGGGGGGAAAUCUGCUCUCAACUUACUUUCCACUCCCCUCGUAGUGAUUGGGAUAGAUUUAUCGUGUUUUUUCUUCACUGAUGUAAUGGGCUUUUCUGCAGACGCCAGUGCUUCAGUAAGUGGAGUGAGAGGAGCACUGUCUACCAGCCUGUAAAAGAUGGAAGGAAAGUUAUGGGCGUGACACAAUGUGCCUCGAUCGCAACUUUAUGUAUCGAUUCCAUACCUGAAAUAUUUAAAGCAAAGAAGUGAUUAACAAAUGACUUAUAGUUCACUGUCUUUCAUAUUUGUAGUUACGUCUAUAUAACUGAUAAUGGCAGUACAUAUUAAAAUGUAUCAUAGUUUAUAAAACUGAGCAAUUCAGGCAGUAAAAUGUAUGGAAGACAAUUCCACUAAAAUAUUUAGAAAAGUGAGUCAUCUGUUACUCUAUUCCUGAAGUAAUGACUCCACCUAGUGGUGGUCAAGAGUCAUAAACUGAAUGUGUGCGACUAAAUAUUCGACUUACUUCUGAUACCAUAUUAUGAAAUAUAGAGGGACGGUAAAGCAGAUGUUUAUAUUCAGGUGUGAUACUAGAAAACUGUUACAUUUGAAGAUUUUUUUUUUGCCACAGAAAGUAACUAUUUGUUUUCAUUGUCUCAUCUCUCUCUCCACACUUCUUUGCCAAAACUAUUACCUCGGGGGGGGGGAAACCAAUUCAUGUGGAAUGUAAAGAAUAGUAAUGUGCACCGUCAAGUUAUCGAUGUUUAGGUUUCAGAGAUCAAUAAGUGAAAUAUCAGAUUGAAUUUUUAUAUUAUUUCCGUUUAAAUCCAUUGUAAGAGUGUCACAGUUGCAGUGACUGUGUAUUUUCCUAUGAUUGGUGCUAAUGUAGAUGGUUGUUUAUCAUAAAACAGUAGCAUGUGCCCCAACUACUGAUUGUGCUUCUCAAACUUGGACAUGAACAUCAUAAAUAAACGUUUUGAAUAUU